AUGAACUUGGUGUUGGAGUUUGAAGACGUGCAGGAAUAUGGUUCACAUCUUCUACAAGGAUCCAACGCCGAUGGAAAAGUGGGGACAGCGCAGCAUUGCGAGCCAACGUCCACUGAAAAACGUCGUGUGAAAAUGCAAUGCCUGCGCAAACUUCCGACUUGGAACGAGCGGGUGGCGCUGGUGCUGUUGAAUCGGCUGCGAAAGCAAGAAACUGCGAGACGUCGGAGCCAACUAGCCCAAACCAUGCUUGACGUUGGCAGCUUUCUCAAGGCAUUGAGAGUUACCGAUGCCAACGACGAUGAAGCAGAAGACGAGUAA